CGCGCACGCUUGGUGCACCUUGUCUCAUGUACAUAGAACUUGUACUGUGUUCUACAUGGUUGCAAUAUUAGUUACAUUUUUGUUUGGUACUUGCCUGGUACCGUACAGGAAAACGUAGGAUGCUAGCUUUUCUAAAAACUGUGAAAAAGAGGGACUAGAAAGAAAAGUGAAAAAUUGAGAUCGAGACAAGGAUGACAAUGAACAGCGCUUCUGGACAACACGUCGUUUCCGUUUGACUGAACGAAUUCAAGAGAAACAGCAAACUCCCAACGGCAACAAACCGGGCGGCAUUGUGGUGUCGCCCCUUCCACAACAAUCGGUAAUCUCACAGUUGAUAUUCGCAUGUUUAUGCAAUAUAAAUGAGCGAAUCUGGGCAGUUCAGAGAUAAAUUCGCUCUGCAUCUCGCAGUAGAGUUGCUGGGUCACGACAAGGUCAUCAAAUAUCUUGAUGGUAAAGACAAACAGGUCCCCUUGUAUUGGCGAUCAAAAUUAAUGGUUUCGGACCCGUUGAAAAUUCUGCGUCAUUUCGGGGAAGACAUGGAUUGCAUUCGUGGAAGGGUUCUCUUCUUCGAUGUCACCUUUGAAUUUGUCAAGAAACAAGAGCAGGAGCAGCAAGAAGKAAAGAGUAGUAUCAAUUGUGAUGAUCCGCCAUGGAGAGCGCAGCAGCCAACGUCAUCUUGUGUGAUUUUGGCAGCUCUUGGCUUUUUUCUUCUCCUACCAAAUACAAUUCAAGAAUUUUCGUGCGGGGAAGAGAAGGAUCUUGGCAUCGGUGGUGGGAGUUACAUCUCUACGCGGCCCUUGGAUUACUCGCAGCUCAUGUCUCACGUCGACUCGUUGCAGCUUGAUCCACAAAGUGUUACCGCCGAGGCCUUGGCAAGAUCGAUGGCUGGAGAAUUACUUCGACAAGGACCUCCAUGUACCGACAACAAGGUAGAAAAGAUGGAUCGAACGGGGCAKUUGACUGCAAAAUAUGUCGAGUCGAGUAAAGCCAACGAGGAGAAUGGAGACUUGAAAAACAGUGGAAAUUUAGUACCCAAAGCUUGCGAUAGUUUGCAUUCUCUCCCUAAAAAGUUUGAUCUUCGCGUGGAUAUUCCGUAUAAGAGUAUUGGAAAUGUAAAUGGGACACUUCUUUUGCACUCUUCAGGCGAUGGCACCGUGACGAAAUACGACAAAAAUGCUUUGCGUUUUUUAUAUUGGGAUCUUUCCACAAACGCAAACCACUGCCAYCCCCUUCAGAAGAGCGAUGAAMCAGCUGUAACAGCCGCGAGGCAGGUUGUGGAGGAUGCCUUUAAUCGGUGGCGAACCCAGAUCAUCCCCAACACCGUUAGCGGUGGGGAUUGCGCGACUGAUAAGAKCAAGAAUAACAUCAGAAAUCUACAGAUCAACCUCACUGGAGAUAAUAUUUCGCAACCCACUACAGUCAACUCUAGCCAUACUGGUAAUAAUAGCAACAAGAAAAAGAGAAAGGUUUUCAGAGGAGCGAGCAUCCUUCCCAGCGCUAGACGAAAACGAAAUAGAGGCCUGGUGUACGACAAAAAUAGAGGCUAACAUUUUUUGUGAGUGAAAGAAUCAUGUUAGRCCCCAAUGGUACUGGAAACAUCCGAUUGGCUGUAACAAAAUGAUUAGAUCUAA